AUGGUCAUGCAAGUCCUACAGCGUCUUGGCACAACCAGGAAAACUUUCUUGCAAAAUACUAAGACAACAGCAAGUCUUUUACAUAAAUAUCAAUUAAUAUGGGUCACUGAUUUUAGUACUAGUCAAUUAAGACCUCUUGGUCUAAAAGAAGGUGUAAAAACGACGUCGGGUAUGACGCCUAUCAUGCAGAUGUUGGCGGCCUAUGUGGUUGUAGGUAUGUCAGCCAUGAUCGUUGUUGCUCGUUACAAGAGUCGUGAUGUUCAAGAGGAUGAGAAUGUCCGUAUCUAUAACAUGGCAAAACGUGCAGUCGUGAAAGAUCGACGUCUGUUUGAGACUGUAGGGUAUCCAAAGGAAUUUGAACGGAUUAAAAAACUUGAUGAGACUGAGUCAUCUCUUGAACAGAAAGGGAGUUUCAAAGUCAUGGGAGACAAUGGGAGUGUCAUGGUACACUACCGACAGAAUGUCCAUGUAGGCGACGACAAAGACAGCAACAUUGUCACGUUUGACGAACUGAGUGUGGAGCGUGAGGAUGGAACGCAAUUCUCAGCGCUCGAGUCUUUCUUGCAGAACCAAAGCGUCGUUACACACCAGAAAUCCGAGUCGCUGGGCAACAAGAUGUUCUUUCCAGUGAUCGGUGGCGUGUUGAUCGGCGGCUUGGCGUCGUUCUUUGCCAUUCGUAUCCUGCGCAACCGACCAUUCUACGUGCACAAAUUGGUGCUCGACCAUGUAAACAACCACGACAUGGCACGCCAACUGAUUGGACACCCCAUCAAGAGCGACCGCACCAAGUACGUAGGGGUGCUCACGAAUGAAGCUGCCAAUUAUACUAUCUCGUGCUCCGGUCCCAAGGGCAACGGCACGCUCAUUGUCAAGGCCUUCAAAAAAAUAGAUCCGGAUGAGAAAGCCAAAGACGGACAGGAUAAAUCUGCUGGAGUCAUGACAAUUCCAGGUACAUCUUGGAAAUUCUCGACGCUUGUGCUGUCCGUCAGUCGUAACGAGAAACGCAAAGCAAAGAAAGCUAAGACAAUCAAUCUUCUAAUUAGUGGUGACGUGCCACCUGUAUCAUCACAACGACCGUAG